AUGGCCAUGUCCAUCCUCGGCGCUCUGAAGCUCGCCCCUUCCCAGCCGGCGACGACGGCGCAGCCGACACCGGGGCGCGCCCCCUCCUCGCUGCACUUCCACCUCGCCAACGCCGGCGCCGCCGCGCUGGUCGCCGCCUCGCUGCUCCUCGCCGACCCGGCCCUCGCUUUCAGGGUUAGUUCUACUGUAUUUGCACCUGUCGACCGAGUGUGGUGGCGAGGCGAUUGA